AUGCUGCCACCGGCACUCCCCACACUCCUCCUCCCCAUCCGCAUUCCAGCAACCCUAUUUCCACUAAUCUGUCCCCCACGUUUUCUCCCAUGCCCAUCCCCAUCUCAGGGCCAACGAAACGCAGCAGCCAGAGCUCGCACCAAUGCUGCCGCCGGCACUCCCAACACUCCUCCUCCCCAUCCGCAUUCCAGCAACCCUACCGCCCCUAACCAUCAUCCCCACGUCUUCACCCACCAUGCCUUCCACAAUCCUUCUGGCACCCCCAACGCUCCUCCUCCCCAUCAGCAUCCCAGCAACCCCAUUAACAGUAGCCUCCAUCCCCACGUGUACACCCACAAUGCCACCGCCAACCAUGUGUUUCGCGAUCAGCAUGGAGUUGCCAAUCCGCAUGGCAAUCCGCAUGCCAAUCCGCAUGCCAAUCAGCAUGGCUUUUCCCUCGACCAUUCUCCUGUGCCGCGCAGUCUUGCCAAUCCGCAUGGCAAUCUCAACAACCCAAGUGACCCUGUGUCACCUAGGGCGUAUCCGCAUGUGAAUGGCGAUCCAAGCAGACUCGGGGAUCCCCAAUCGCAUGCGCCACAUGAUGGAGCACAUGACGCACAUCAGUCACAUGAUGAUGAUCCCACUGCUGCUGCUUACAGGCAUACGAAAGUCAGCUAUGCAUACAGACGUACGACCAACGGCGUGGAGCAGGAUGGUAGGGACAGCACAGGUGAACCUGCCGGGAGGUUCGGCAUCAGGUCCGGUAAUAGGUCCGGUAAUAGGUCUGGCACUAGGUCCGGUAUGAGGUCCGGCGUUAGGCCUGUUGACGGGCCUGUGACAUGGGAAGCGGGCAGUGGUGCGGCUGAUGGUGAGUGUGGUGGUAUUGGCGGUUAUGAGCGGGAUGGUAUGGCUGGUGCUGCCGAUGCAGAUACAUAUGGGGGGGAUGAUGAUGCAUGUGCAGCAGAGGAUGAUGCAUAUGGGGAGGAUGAUGGAUGUGGGGUAGAGGAUGAGGAGGAUCCAUGCGGUGAGGAUGACGAGGCAUGUGCGAAUGACGAAGAUCCAUGCCAAGCCAUGGAUGCUCCAUCAUCAUCAACCAUCCGCCCUCGCUGCUCCUCGCUCCCACCUCCCUCUGCCCAACCUGCCACUGUAUCUGUAUUCACUACUGUCCAUGCUAUUGCCGGUGCUACAGCCCUUGCUACAGCCGGUGGUGCUAGGACCCGUCGCGUUUCGUCUGCUGCAACAGCUGCCGGUACCGGACGUAACAGUAGCCGGCUCUCAGGCGGUUUUCCAGGUGGUUUUCCAGGUGUUUUUUCAGGUGGUUUUCCUGGGCCUUCUGGGACGUGCUCUGCUCCUGUGACACCUGUUUCGUCUGCAGCAGCAGUCCGCUUCCGUCCGGGCUCAAACGCCCAAGAUGUAACUCCAGAUGUAAUCGAGGAUGCAACGGCAGAUGUAACGCGAGAUGUGAUGCCAGAUGUAACACCGCUGCCGCCUGCUCUACUGACACAGCUGCAAGAAUUGGAUGAAUCUGAAAGGGUAGGUGUAGCAGUGAGGCCUGCAUUGGCUGAUGAUACUGCUGCUGGUGGUGCUGGUGGUGCUGAUGGUGGUGCUGGUGCCGGUGCUGGUGCUGGUGCUGGUGCUGAUACUGGUAUUGGUGCCGGUGCUAGUACCGCCGGUGCUGGUGAUACUGCUGCCGGUGCUGUUGGUGCUGCAGGCGUUGAUGGGGUUGAUACUGCUGCCGGUGCGCGUGGUGCUGCUGGCGUUGCUGGUGCUGGUGGUGCUGGUGCUGGUGGUGCUGGUGAUGCUUCCGGUGUUGGUGGUGCUUCUGGUGCUGGUGCUGCUGGUGCUGCUGGUGCUGGUGUUGCUGAUGCCGGUGCAGCAUCAGCAGCAGGAGUAGGUGCAGGUGCAGGAGCAGGAACUGCAGCAGCAGCAGCAGCAGCAGCAGCAGCAGCAGCAGCAGCAGCAGCAGCAGCAGCAGCAGCAGCAGCAGCAGCAGCAGCAGCAGCAGCAGCAGCAGCAGCAGCAGCAGCAGCAGCAGCAGCAGCAUCAACAUCGUCAUCAGCAGCAGCCGCAGCAACAGCAGCAUCACCAGCCGAGCAGGGAUCAGCCAGGGAUGGACAGGAGCACUUGCUGCAUCAGCAGCAGCAGCAACAACAGCAGCAUCAGCAGGAGCAGCAGCAGCAUACUGGUGCGGAAGGUAGCACCCCUGAAACUGCAGCUGGGGGUGAAGGCACCACGCCCGAAACUGCAUUCAGUGAGCACAACCCAAGCAGAACUGCCCCCACUAGGGAAGCAAGGAGUAGCCAUGAUGACCAGUCACUCCCUCUUGCUUCUCCUCCUGAUGCUUCCAGCAAUGCUUUCAGCGAGAACCCCAUGGCCUUCAGUGGGAACAACGCCAACAGGCAAGAAGAUCCCCCCGCUAGCAGACGGGAGUCUAGAGACCACUGGGCUGUUGAGAACACCCAGACCUUAAACCCUAAUACUGAGCGUCCCCCAUCUGCCUCCCCUGCAAAGGCUGUUCCCUCGCCUUACCCCGCUGCUGGGACUGCCUUAGCCUCGCCCCUGGGGAUGCGUAACUCUCCUAUGCCUGGGAAAGCAUUCGCCCGUUCUGUCUCUCCAGGGAGUGUGUUCCCCCCUCGUGCCCUUCACAAGGCAACGAUUAGGCUUGUUGGGAUGAAGAGAGACAGGGAGGAGGAAGGGGAAGAUGUGGGUGUGCCAGUGGGACCGAUGGUGGGUGGAGGGGGGAGGGUGGCGGAGGUUACUGUGACUGUAUCCGCUGUUCCUAUGAGGAAGUAUAUGAGGAGUGCGAUUGGGAGGGAGGGGGCCGGGGAGUGGGAUGGGGAGUGUGAGAGGGAGGAUGGGGGAGAGGAGAGGAGGGAGGAGGGUAUGGAGGAGGGGAGUGAGGAUGGGGAGGAGGAGGGGAGGGAGGAAGGGAGGGAGGAGGGGAGGAGGGAGGAGGAAGGCAGCAAUGAGCAUGAGCUGGGAACAGCAGCAGGGUUGGCAGCAGUGUCAGGAGCGGCAGCGGCAGUGUCGGAAGCAGCAGCAACGGUGACGGCGCCAGCAGCAGCAGUGCCUGCUGGUCUUUCCAGGGGGGAUGUUGAUGCAGUAGCAGCUGCUAGUGGUAGUGGGGUUGGGAGGGAUGUUAACUAUGCUAGUGAUAGAGUAAUGACUGGUGGUGGGGGUGGAGGGGAGGUGAUGGUGCUGAGCUGUACUGCCAUGGUGCCUAGUGAUAGAGUAAUGGAUGGGGAGGUGGGGGCGGAGGGGAGAUUCAUGUGUCUUGCGCCUGGGUGUGAGAAGACGUACAAGAAUAGGGAUAACAUGAACAAGCACUUCGCCAAGGUGCACAGCAAGACGGCACGCCUGUACGAGUGCAACUUGCUGCGAGUGGACGGGUCCUCUUGCGACUUCAAGACGCAUGAUGCGGGGAAGAUGAGCAACCACAAGAAGUACAGCCUGGCGCACAAUCGCAGAGAGGACUUCAAACACCCCUGCGAGUCAUGUGGCACUCGCUUCCCUCGAAGGCACGAGCUUGAUAGGCACAAGCCAGCGUGCAAGGGUCCUUCCGCUGCUGCCGCCGCUCCCAGCCAGCAGCAGCAGCAGCAGCAGCAGCAGCAGCAGCAGCAGCAGCAGCUGGUGCGAUCGAGCGUUCCCACCGUCACCGUUCUGACCAGUGCCAACGUGCAUUCCCUUGCUGACGAGUUCGGGAGAAGAAUGGGGGGUAGGGGACGAAGGAGGGAGAGUAGGAGGGGGAGGGGGAAGGGGGGGGAGGAGGAGGAGGAGGAGGAGGAGGAGGAGGAGGAGGAGGAGGAGGAGGAGGAGGAGGAGGAGGAGGAGGAGGAGGAGGAGGAGGAGGAGGAGGAGGAGGGCGAGGAGGAGGAGGAGGAGGAAGAGGAGGAAGAGGAGAAAGAGGGAGGGGAAGAGGAGGAGCAGUAG